UAUCAGCAUCAUGUCAAAAUAUUUGGACAGAGACCAGGUUUUACAAAACACCAGGGUGCGGGCUGCUCUGAAGAAUGAUGGCUACUGGAUCCACAAAUCUAAACAGGAAGAGGAAAACCCAGACAAAGCACGGAUGGGGUGUGCUGUGGAGGCCACAUCCGUUCCAGUCAGGCAGAAGUCAUACUUCCUCUCCACAGCAAAGUGGACUGAGCCCCAAGCAUCCACAAGAGAACUAAAUGGAAAUGGUGAGGCACAACCAAAAAAAUCAGUUGCUAAGACAACAGCGGAAAACAAGAGAGAAUAUGUUUCAUUAGCUGACCAGUCACGUGUGAAACACAGUGAGACCAAGGUUGCAAAUACCUCUGCUGUGACUGGUACACGCAACAGUAAAGAUCCUUCUGGUGUCUCUGCUUUUACAGCCAAACCAAAACCGCAAGCAAAACCAUCCACCAAUACAAAACCAGUAAAUACAACACAUUUGGAGGAUGCAGGUGUAGUAUCAACAGCACAACCUGCACAGGCUAAAGAGGAAACUGUUAAAGCUGUAGCUAAGGUUGUGGUGGAGUCAUCACCUAAGACCCCUGUUAUAAUUACUGUAACACCAAAAAGAAAGACUACUUUACAACACAAUGUGUACCCUGCUACAGUACCCAAAUCACCUAUUCGGUCUGCUGCUGAAAGUGCUGUCAGAUCUCGAGAGUCUAAAAACAUAUCUGCAGCCCCAGCAGACCCACGUCCAAAGACCAGAGCUGAAAAGAUCCAACCUAUCAAUAACAAUGUAGUCAAGCCAAGUGUUGCACCAAAACCCAAAAAUGCAGCAGAUCGUAUGAUGGAGUUGAGAGUCAAGAAUUCCUCAGAAGCUGGAGCUGAUCGAGAUAAGUUACCUGGCCAAGCCAUUGAACUGACUGAUGCAUUGGAUGUGGAAUCACCCACAGUUACAGCGGUUCCUAAAUCUGUGGAAGAUCCAAAACAAUCCCACUCAGAGGAGUCAAAAUGGAAGCAGUAUGAUAAUUGGAAUAGCAAUGACAAGUUUCAAAGGCCCAGGGAUGUGCUACGAUCCACUCACACUCUGAAACAGACCAGGGAUGGCAAAGCUGUUUGUUCAUACUGUGACAAGAUAAUUGAUGGAAAUACAAAGAUCACACUCAGUGACCCUCUGGUCCUCUGCCACCCUGAUUGCCUAAAGUGUGGCAUUUGUGCUAAGGACCUGGGAAAUUUGCUAACCCCCAUGUUCCUGCAUGACCACCUCAUCAUCUGUUAUGGCUGCUUUCGAAAAGCUGUCAAGAUUUGAAGUCUAAACAUGUAGUCAGAGAGGACUCCAAGCAAACAGUGAUUAAUGUAUUGUUUUGGGUGAGAAGCUCACCCCUGGCACCUUAUCUCUGUAUCUUGUCUUUUGAAACAAUUUCCCUACUGACACUUUUUAGAGCAUAGUGUACU